UCAAUGGGGUUAAUAUUUAAUGUUAUAAGCGGCACAUACAAUCGUGACUGCAUAGCUAUCUUGUCUAACGGAACAAACAAAAUUAAACUUGUCAUUUUCAAGCGGCGUGCACGUUCGAAUUUGUUCUAUCAGUGUUUGAACUUUUCAUUAUACGUGUUUCAAUGGAUACCACGACGUUUCCAGAUGUGGUUGAACUAAACAUUGGUGGAAAACUAGUGACGACGUUGCUCGCCACAUUAAGAAAGGACCCGGAAAGCAUGUUGGCCGCCAUGUUUAGUGGACGUCACGUGAUUAGUAAAGACAAAGAUGGCCGAUUCUUCAUUGACUGUGAUGUAAAUCUGUUUGGACACAUUUUGAAUUUUCUAAGAUUUGGGACUCUGCCACCAAAGGAAAAAGCUCUGGAAAUUUAUGAUAUUGCUGUUUACUUUAAUUUACAGCCACUUGUUCAUUCGUUAGACAACUACCAUGCAGUACAAUAUCGGAGACGAAUUGUGGAAAUGAGAAACAACCUAGAUAUGCAGGAGUAUGAAAGUUUGAAGAAAGAUGCACUUGAACAACUUUACAUACAUUGUGCAAGGCCUGAAGAUGAUAUCAUUGUGUUGUUUGUGAGAAAUGUUCGAUGUCAAGCAGAAUGUGUUGGUGGCAGACGUGAUUUUGAUCUUUUUAAUGCAUUAAAGGGCAAGUUUAAAGUUGUUCUGCUAAAGAGUAAUAUAAAAGAGAAAGAGAUGAAAUUUUACAUAGCUAAUACAUUAAAUGAGAUGGGUUUUGGAAAGUACAUCUACAUUGAUAAGCAUGUACCUUUGUACUUUGAAUGUCGUCGUUGCUGGGUAAGGGCUGACACUAGCAACACUGCCUUACUAUCAUUGAAACUACAAUGAUUCCGAGUUAAAACUUUACUGUUUCAGUGUUUUUAAAUAUUUACAUUCUCCCAAUUCGUUCUGUUCAAAACUAUAAUGAUUACUUUUGAUGAGGCAGUCAACCAAAACGAAGUAGUUUGUAAAGAAUCGUUUUCGUGUGAUAUGUAAUCGCAUUACACCAUUAUAUACAUAAUAUACACAUAUCUAAUACAAACGUAUGAAAAUAG